CUUGCAUUCUCUGUAUCUGGUCUCCCAGGAUCCCGCAUUCACUAUAUCUGGUCUCCCCGGACCCUGCAUUCACUAUAUGUCUCCCCGGACCCCGCAUUCACUAUAUCUGGUCUCCCCGGACCCUGCAUUCACUAUAUUUGGUCUCCCAGGACCCUGCAUUCACUAUGUCUGGUCUCUCAGGACCCCGCAUUCACUAUAUCUGGUCUCUCAGGACCCCGCAUUCACUAUAUCUGGUCUCCCCGGACCCCGCAUUCACUAUAUCUGGUCUCCCAGGACCCCGCAUUCACUAUAUCUGAUCUCCCAGGACCCCGCAUUCACUAUAUCUGAUCUCCCAGGACCCCGCAUUCACUAUAUCUGGUCUCCCAGGACCCCGCAUUCACUAUAUCUGGUCUCCCAGGACCCCGCAUUCACUAUAUCUGGUCUCCCAGGACCCCGCAUUCACUAUAUCUGGUCUCCCAGGACCCCGCAUUCACUAUAUCUGGUCUCCCAGGACCCCGCAUUCACUAUAUCUGGUCUCCCAGGACCCCGCAUUCACUAUAUCUGGUCUCCCAGGACCCCGCAUUCACUAUAUCUGGUCUCCCCGGACCCCGCAUUCACUAUAUCUGGUCUCCCAGGACCCCGCAUUCACUAUAUCUGGUCUCCCCGAACCCCGCAUUCACUAUAUCUGGUCUCCCCGGACCCCGCAUUCACUAUAUUGGUCUGUCCUGGACCCUGCAUUCACUAUAUUUGGUCUCCCACAGACCCUCCAUUCUCUAGAUCUGGUCUCCCAGGACCCCGCAUUCACUAU